GCGGGACGGACUGCAGGUGAAGUUGGUCCCUCUCUCAGAGAUCACAGAAAGCCCGGGGAAGGCAACAUGGGUUUGCUAGAGCCUGGGGUCUCCGGCCCAACCGUACUGGAACUACAACUCCCAAGAUGCUACGCAGCCUGUCAGUUUUCACUAUCCCAGACACCUUUGGAAAUGUUCCCCAGGGUGGACAACACUAUUGGCCAUCAAGAAGCCAAAGCUGGAGCCCCAAGGUCUGAAAGGCCACAAGCUCCCAAGGCCACAGCAACCGAUUCCCCUGAGCUGUCGGAGGCGUCCUGGCCGUCCAGUUCUGGGACCCCUUCCCCACUCAGCACCGAGGGACCAAGUACCUCUCCACCCCUCACCGUAAUUGACAGUGGGGACUCGGUGGUAGCCAAGUACAUAAACAGGUUCCGCCAAGCUCAGCCCACGAGCCGAGAGGAACGCCAGCCUGCAGGCCCGACCCCAGCUGACUUUUGGUGGCUAAAGCCCAAGUCAUCAGACACGAGCAGUUACCUCGCAGCAGCAGGAGCCGGUGAACCUGAAGGAGGAUCCGCUAUGACGGGUCCAUCUCCCGCGGGGAUGUGCAGUGCAUCUCUGGCUUCAGCUCCUCUUCAGAAAGUAAAGCAGAACCUGAAGACGUGGAACUCCUCUUUGCUGGACUUGGAGACGCUGAGCCUGCAGAGCAGGGCGGCCAGGCUGCUGAAGCGCAGCAAGGCCUCCCUCUCCUCCUCCUCCUCCCUCAGUCCCGGUGAUGCCAGCAGCUCCUCCUUUCCUGUCAGCUCCGAUGGCCUCUCUCCCUGUUCUGUGACCUUCCAUCCGGAUUCCAACAAGAGUUCUAGUCCCAAAGAACCUGUGUCGGGAGCAGCCCCAGGGCCAUCCCAGGCCAGCAUCCCUGCUCCCCGCCCAGCCUCCUCCCAGGCAACCCUUCGGCCUGAGGAAGACAUUUUAUACCAAUGGCGGCAGCGGCGGAAGCUUGAACAGGCGCGAGGAGCUGAGGGUGAUGGAACCUGGGUGUUGCCUCGGACCCCAGCCCUCGCCACUCAGACUCCUCCUGUCCCUGCAGUGAACCUUGGCUCCCAGGGGACCCAGCCUAACUGUGUUCCACCAUGGGGCACUGUGGCCCAGCCCCCUCCUCCACAGGCCUUCUAUGUGGAGAGGCCUCCUCUUCCAGCGCCCUCUCCACACAUCUGGGCCCCCAGCCCUCAGGGGUUCCUCUGGGCCCCCCAAGCCAACCCCUGGGUAUCCCUCGGUAUGGUUCCUAGCACACUGCUGGCCUCUACUGUUGCUCCCGUGGCCUCCUUCCCAGCACCCCCUACCACCACUCCAGCUGCCCCAGCUCCCACCCCUGCUCCCCCGGUCUCCACCCCCGUGCCCCCAGCCUCUGCUCUACCUCCCUGGGCUCCCACCCCGGCUCCCCCGGUCUCCACCCCAGUGCCCCCAGCCUCUGCUCUACCUCCCUGGGCUCCCACCCCUGCUCCCCCAGCUCCCACCCUCCCACCAGCUGACACCCCUCGGGAGCCAACUACCCUAGAGAUGAGUGGUUCUGCCCAGCCCAAGAAGCUGAGUCCCAAACCUCGGAGGGCCAGCGCUUCAUCGCGCCGGCAGACAAUUGGUCCAGACACCGCAGCUUUUCAGAGUCCCAGUUCGCCCCUCAGGGGCGCCCUGGGACAGGUAGUGACAGCUCGGCUGUUCCCUGACAACUUGGAAGACACGGCCCCUCAUCUUGAGAGCCCGCCUCCAUGUGAGGCAGAAUCCCGGAAAGUUAAGGGCACACCCACUCAAGCCAAAGGUCCACCCCCUCCAUCCAAGUCUCAGCGUGGGUCCCAGACAGAGUCCUCUACGGGCGGGUCGAUGCUUCGGAAAGGUAAAGUCACCCUCUCAGCUGAAGCUAGGGAUCCACAGCCGGCUGUAACCCCAAAGGCAUCCACACUGUCAGAGGUCCAAUCACUUGAAUUCAAGACGGCCGCUCCCAAGGCGGGAGCUGGUGAUGCUUGGACCACCGCCCCGCCUGCCUCAGGCCACGCCCCCUCCGAGGACUUGUUAUCCCAGGCCGCCCGACUUCUGCAGGCUGCGGAAGAUUCCGACGGCAGCGAGUUUCAGGAGGACCCAGUGUUGCAGGUGCUAAGAGCUCAGAGGGAAGAACUCCGGCAGCAGAAAAGGAAAGUGGAUGCCCGAUUAUCCCUCCUCUUGAACCACACUGAAGAACCAGGAUCUUCCUCUCCUCCAGCCAGCUCACCUCCCAGGUCCCCAAGAAUGCGGUUGAGGAGGGAAGGAGCCUUCUUUGAUGCCAGGAGACUUUGAAUUGUGAAAAUUCUGUUUUUCCUGGGCUGGGAAGAUAAAGUACUUGCAAGUGUGAAGGCCCACAUAAAGGUAGCUGAGUGGCCAGUUGGCCCGUGGAGACGGGGUCUCAAACAAGGUGGAAGGCAAGAACCUAUAUUCAAAGUCCUUUGACCUCCAUACACGAGCUGUGGGGCGCACGCACACGCACACGCGCACACACACACACACACACACACACACACACACACACACACAAAGUUGUCUCCAAUUAACAUUUUUCCAGUUUACUAUUAAUCUCUAAGAAAUGGAUUGUUGUAGAAAGGCUGAUUGUGCUAAUAAGGAAAUGUAACCCCUUCCCUGCCUCCCCUGACCAACAAAACAACAUUUCCUUUC